GGUGGCGGCAUGGCGGGCUGGGGGCGGCUGGCCCGGCUCGGCGGGCGCCUUUGGGCGGCGGCGGCGCCGGCUCCCGCUCCCGGACACAGGGGUCAGCUGGGCUUUGUAGUCAGACACAUCAACAGUUCAACAUGGUGGCACGAGCAUCUUUCUGAAGAGAAUGUGGAGUUCCUCAAGAAGAUAACUGCAGAGGAGUACAAAGCUCAGACAGCCAGCAAGCUGUGCCCUCUGAAAGAUGAGCCAUGGCCACUGAAUAAGUGGACACCAGAUUCCAUCAGAGUUGGUGUUGUUGCAGUAAAACUGGGAAUGAUGCCGAUAUGGACCAAAUCAGGAGAAAAACAUGCUGUCACACUACUUAAGGUCCAAGAUUGCCAUGUUUUAAGAUAUGUUUCAAAGGAAGAGUCGGGUGGAAAAACAGCUAAGCUGCUUGUUGGAGGCAAAAAUGUAUCUCCUUUUUCUAAACCAGAGUCUGCACAUGAAAUUUUUAGAGAAGCUGGAGUGCCACGGAAGCAGAAAGUUACAACAUUUAAUGUAACAGAUGAUGCCAUAAUUAAGCCAGGUACUCCUUUGUAUGCUGCUCAUUUCCGCCCCGGGCAGUUUGUGGAUGUUACUGCAAAAACAAUUGGUAAAGGAUUUCAAGGUGUCAUGAAAAGGUGGGGAUUUAAAGGUCAGCCUGCAAGCCAUGGCCAGACAAAAACUCACAGACGACCUGGAGCAAUAUCUACCAAUCAAGCUGCCAAAGUUUAUCGUGGAAAGAAAAUGCCUGGUAAAAUGGGUAACAUCUACAGGACAUCUUUUGGAUUAAAGGUAUGGAGGAUCAAUACAAAACAUGACAUUAUUUAUGUAAAUGGGUCUGUUCCAGGUCACACCAAUUGCCUGGUGAAGGUCAGAGAUAGCAAAUUGCCUACUUACAAGGACUGCAAUAAAAACCCUCCAUUCCCCACGUUUUUUGCUGAUGGAGAUGAAGAACUGCCAGAAGACCUUUUUGAUGAGGAGAUUUUCCAGUUCACAGAUCCAUCUGUCACAUUCGCAUAAUGUUCCUCUCAUCUUUGAAAACACAGUUUUGUUAUUUUCAUGUACAUUGCAAUGCUGUAUAAAAGUAAGCCUAUGAACUGCAGUCUGGCCAACUGACUUAAACACUUCAGGUAUUGCCAUUUUGGUCAGGUAAUCAGAUUUCCCACUGUCAGUCUCAAACCUGUACUUAAAGCAACAGGUGGGUCUGAGGGACAGGUUGUAAAGCACACCAAACUGUGUGUCUUCAGUGACCUUUUGUCUUCUGCCCCAGGCUGUGAAAACCUACACAAUCCUGAAAAACUGCUGUUUUGAAGAUGGUUCCAGUUCAUUUUCUGAAUGUGAACAAAUUCUGUUUCUCUUUUAUGUGAAGUAUACUGGGCAACUCUGAUCAAAUCAGAAAAAGGUUCCAAAUCUGCCUUGGCAUCUGAGGUGGGGGGAUCCAUGAAGAAUUAUCCAAAAUAAAACAAGAAAAUGCGUGAGCAUUGUUUUACAGAA